AUUCGUUUUCGGGACAGAGGACGGAUUCAAGUUCGGAGCGGUUCUCACAACAGUUGUUCUAGUUCGGAGAGCCUGAGAAGCGGGUCUGACCUUGUUUUUAGUGGGCUUGGAAAGCCCAGGAGAGUGGGAAAGUUUAUUUUAUCUUCGGCUUUCUGGCAUUCAUCAUGUUCCGAUAGAGACCAGAACCUGCGGCAGCCAACAUGCUGAGGCGUCUCGACAAAAUCCGGUUUCGGAGCCAAAGACGAGACGAGUUCCUUGACCCGACCGAGUCACCCAACACAUCGGACACAGAAUGCAGCGACGACGUCGUGAUGAAAACACGCUUCUUGCCCAAGGAGCAAGAAGAGCUGAGGGAACCUGAGUUAGAACAGCAGACGGAAGCCCAGGCUGGUCCUGGAUCAUUUCUGGCAGGUGUCCAAGAAGAGCCAAAGACUGAUUUGAAUGAGGUGAAAGGACUUCUAGAAAUCGCUUUGUUAGAAAAACACUUCUUACAGGAGGAGCUGAGGAAACUGAAGGAUGAGUCCCACAUAGAUUCACUUAAACAGGAACUGGAGAAGGAACGAUGCAAACGCAUUGAGCUGGAACAGAAAGUCAAUGAUGCCAUAAAAUUAGGAGUUGAGGAUUUUCCAUCUCAGUCACCAAAACCUCCAUCCCCUCAACCUUCUCUAAGCAGCAGUACAGAAAAACAUAAAGAGACUGUAUACAACAGCUUCCUGAAAUGGCUUUACAAUCGUUUUGGAGUUUACAUUGAAGACUUCCGCUUCCAGCCAGAGGAGACAACUGUGGAGACGGAGGAGCCACUAAGUGCAAGGAGGCUGACUGAAAACAUGAGACGCUUCAAACGAGGGUUCAGACCUGUGACAAACUUCAUGAGGAACCUGUCUGCCUUAUCCAGCUGGUACUCUGUGUACACGUCUACCAUUGCCUUCAUUGUGUACAUGUAUGCAGCGUGGCAUGGCUGGGCCAUCCCCAUGUUCCUGUUCUUCGCAAUUCUCCGCCUUUCCCUGAAUUAUCUUAUUUCCAGAGGCUGGAGGAUCCAGUGGAGCAUCGUACCUGAAGUGUCUGAGCCAUUGGAACCUCCAAAAGAAGACUUAACUGUAUCUGAGAAGUUCCAGUUGGUUCUCGAUGUUGCUCAGAAAGCUCAGAAUCUUUUUGGAAAGAUGGCCAAUAUCCUUGAGAAGAUAAAAAAUCUGUUCAUGUGGGUCCAGCCAGAGUUGACUCAAAAGCUCUACGUGGGACUGUGGGUGGCCUUUAUCUCCUCGUGCCUGUUACCUUACCAGCUUCUGGGCUUCAUCAUAGGUGGUUAUGCAGGUAUCAAGUUCUUUAUCAUUGACUUCAUCUUUAAAAGUUGCCCCAAGCUACGGCAGCGCUUUGACACCCCCUACAUCAUCUGGACCAACUUACCCACCGACCUGCAGCUGAAGGAGCGCAGCAACACCACCUUGAGCAGACGGGUUGCCACGGCAGGGGGCCGAGGGAGCGUUUGUACUGUACCUCUCGGUGCCAGUAGAGAAGAAGAUGGAGGCCGAUACUACAGCACAAAGAGAGGAGCUUUUCACGAGGUUUUCAGCCUUCCGGAGAGUGAGCGCCCUCUGCCAGUGUGUGAGAAUGGCUGGCGCUGCUGCCUGAUCAAUAGAGACAAGAAGACACCAACAGACUACAUCCGUCACGGAGUCCUGUAUGUUACAGAGAACCACUUGUGUUUCGAGAGCUCCAGCUCAAGAUCUGGUUCUUCAAAGAGGAAUAAAGUCAUCAAACUGACCGAAAUCACUGAAAUCCAGAAGUAUAAGGUUUUGUCAGUGCUACCUGGUUCAGGGAUGGGGAUCUCCAUAGCAACGCCUACCACCCAAAAGCCGAUGGUGUUUGGUGCCAUGAUGCACAGAGAUGAGGCGUUUGAUGCCAUCUUCUCCCAGCACACAAAGAUGGUUGAAAAGGCUCGAGCUAAAAAUCCAGAGACAUAGUGUGAGAUCAGCCUCAACGUACUGUUAAGAAUCUGGGUUGCUGUCCUUCAUAGCAUGUUUUCAAAGUAACUUAAAAUAUUCCAGUACAGCAGUUCCCUGCUGUUGGAGGUGAUCCACAGUCUGUGCAAUCUGGAUCAGCAGAACCUCGUCUUUUGUCUGCACACUGCGAGUACAAUGUGACUCUGGAGCUGAGUACACAUGUGCUGAUGAGACUGCAAGUGGUUUCAAAUUCAGCUGUACGGUGUCCUCCACAAGACGACAUCCUUAAUGCUCUAGAACAGUUUCCUUUUUCAGCACUGAUUUAAAAAAGAAACGACAAAAAAAACAUGCUGUCCUCUUGAUUAGACUUCUGGUAUUUUGUUUAUAUUCAGUUUCAGGGCAAUGUAAAUAAUUUAAAUUAGGGAUUUUUUAAUCCCUUUUUAGGAGAAUGGAUUUAGUUGGAGGUAUCAAAGUGUAUAGGGGUAUUAGCCACCUAGUUUGAAACCUUUACAGGUUCAUGAUUACAUUUAGCCAAUGUUUCUGGUCAUGUCCAUCUUAGGAGCAAUUUUUAAAAAAAUUUUAAACUUUAAAACUGGUCAAAUUGACCCGCAACAUAACAGGAAGGUUCAGUGGCGCAACUACACAUUAUUCAGGUGGAUGCGAAAACAUAAAUCGCCCUCGUAACGAGGUAAAACUUGCCACAUUUACCUCGUUACGUACGCGAGGAGAAGGAGCGUAAGGCGCGCUGAAGUGUAUAGGAAAACAUAAUCGGCGCGCCGCCCUCUCCACACGGGGUUUUGACGCCCCCUCUGGUGCUGUGCCCCUAUGCGUUGCAUGCGCUGCAUACCCACUUUUUGCGCCACUAGGAAGGUUAAUGGAUUCACUCAGAAGAACAUUCACUGCUGCUGGCACAAACACCUCAUGAAACAUAUAUUCAUAAAAUGAUGUUUGUAGAGAUGGAAGCAGACGUUGUUAGAUGAUACAAAAGCAAGACAAAUUAAUCAUAACCAAUAUUCAACAAUAAUAACUAAUCUCAUGUCUCCCUGUGGUGCAGCCAUGUCUGCAGCUGUCAGUCUUUACACAUCAGUGUAGUUAGCUCAUUUCUGUCCUACUUGGAGAAGCAUUCUAGAUAAAAUAUUCCAAGACUAAUCCUUAAACCAGUGUUGAUUUCGACGGCAUAUUUUGAAUUAAUUGUAGUCUUGAUCUGAUUUUAAGCACAAUUUUACCAUUUUAGAUUUAGUCAACCGUUUUAUUUGUAUUUGAAUUUUUGACGUCUUAGCAAAAAUCUAAAAAGGGUUGUGCAUUAGAUUCAAAAUUCCUGCAGCCCUCCUUUAUAUUGUCUUUUCUUCAGUAAAGCUGACUCACUACUGAUCUAAAAGAUGGAACUGUACCUCUAGUUAUGUCUAACCCCUAAAACAGAUCAGCAGAAUUGUUGAUUCUUUUCAGCAGCUGAAAUAUCUGCUCCGCUGGUCGGUUAUUUCCUCUUAUAUUUCUAUUCUUUUUUUUUUUUUUUUUUUUAACCAAAAAAAAAUUUCCCCACCUUUUUUAUUUUCAGUUUUGAUGCCAUAUUCAUGUUGAUUUAUUUGUUUGUUAACCAAUGAGAACUAGUCCACUGAUCACAUUUCCAGUCCUGUUUCAGAUGGUGAAUGCUCCAUCUGAGCAAAGUUCUGGUUUUCUGUUUGUACUUGCAGUGCAAACUGAACAUGUGUAGACCAAAACUGACAACAAAAACUGCACUUCAUAUUAGAUCAGUUACAAGCUGCAGAUGAUUCUGUUUUACAGGAAGAUGCAAACACAAUCAACCCCACAUCAUCACCCCAUGAUGUUUAAGAACCGCAUAUAAUGUGGAAAAGCCUUUAAGGGGCAUUAUUAUGUAAAAUUGACAUUUUUGAGCUUUACAUCAUGUUAUAAUUAUCCCUGAUCAAAACCAUACCUGGAGUGUUGCCUUGAUUUUUUUUUAAGCAUAUUUAAGAAAUCCUUUAAUCUUCAGUGGCAGCCAUUCAGCUGGUGACGGUUCAGCAGUGACGUAAAUCACAGGCCAAUCAACAAAUGCAGUCCGGUGCGAAGCAAAUCGCCAGGGCAGAACCGGUUAAAGCCACACCCACAGAGAAGGGACUUUAAGUGUGUAAGUGUAUGCUGAGAUGCUGGAGGCAAUAUUUAAAAUAUGGGUUUUUACCAAAAA